AUGGAGAACAUACUCAGGAAGAUAGCACAGGAUACCACCAAGUUCGAUGUCGGAGAUGAAGAGGGCUGGAGAGAACUAUAUGAGCCAUUGUAUGCCGAUGCUCCUGAUAGCAUUGGCACCAUUAAAGACAUACAAUAUGGCCCAGCUGAUCGUAAUCAACUGGAUGUUUACUUUCCUCUCAAAGACAACACAGAGGGGAAGCCAGUCGUCUUCUUUGUCCAUGGGGGCGGCUUCUUCUCUGGAGGUAAAGGUUGGAGCGAAAAGUGCUGGGCGAACGUGGGUUUCUAUUUUGCUCAAAAUGGAUUCGUGACUGUACUCGUCAACCAUCGUCUAGUUCCUAAUGUCGAGUACCCCGGAGGAGCUGAUGAUAUGCAGCUGGCUCGGGAAUGGGUUUAUAAUCAUAUUGGGAGUGAAAAGUAUGGGCAGGGAUCUGCAAACAAGGUGGUGCUUCUCGGCCAUUCCUCCGGUGGCGCACACAUCGCCAUGAAUUUAUAUGCUGCAGCAGGCGAUCCGGACAGGAUACCGAGUACUCCUAUCUUUCCACCCGUUGCCGGAGUACUCUACCUCAGCGUACCGUUCUGGUUUGAUAGAACUAAACCUGUCCGACAAAAGGUGAUUCGCCAUUACUGGGGAUCAGAUUCCGAGGCAGUCUGGGGGCCUCGAUCCGCACUCGGUUUAUUCAAGUCGCUACCUGGGGACUCUCCAUUGUUGGAUUAUGAGCAGUUACCAGUUUAUGUUGGCAGUGUCCAAUGGGAAGUAAAAGAGACAGCGGAUGCCACUGUCGCUUUCUUCAAUGCUUAUCGUGAACGAAGUAUCCCUCGAGGAACACUACCGGUUUUGCAUGUACAAGAUAGACAUAACCAUGUCAGUAACGUUCUAUCCAUUGGCACCACCGACUCGGCACAGGCAGAAAGACUAUUGGAGUUCAUCAAUUCCUGUGUGGAGAGGGUGGAUCGAAGAGCAAAGCGUACGCCUUAG